AUGAUAACGAAACCAAUUAAAAGAACAUUCAUCUACUCGAUAUUAACAAUCCUAAUCCUCCUCACAUACAGACACACAACAAACAAGAUGUCCUCCAAAACUUUACUCAAUUUGAAAAAACCAGUGGUCGUCAUUGGGUCCGGAUUAGCGGGUCUCACAGCAAGUAACAGAUUGGUCUCCAAAUAUAACAUCCCUGUCGUUCUUUUAGAUAAAGCCUCAUCCAUGGGUGGGAACUCCAUAAAGGCAUCGAGUGGGAUCAAUGGUGCAGGGACAAUCACACAGGAACACUUGCAAGUAAGGGAUUCGCCAGAAUUGUUCCUCGAAGAUACUAUCAAAUCAGCAAAGGGUAGUGGUGUGCAACCUUUGAUGUAUAAAUUGACUAAGGAUUCUAAAUCAGCCAUUGCGUGGCUACAGGAUGAAUUCGAUUUGAAGUUGGAUUUGUUGGCAAGAUUGGGAGGCCAUUCUCAACCAAGAACUCAUAGAUCUUCAGGGAAAUUACCACCUGGAUAUGAAAUCAUUUCUAAAUUGUCUUCCAAAUUGAAGGAUUUACAAAAAGAGAACCCCAAGUUGGUGGAUAUUAAAUUGAAUAGUAAAGUUGUGGACGUCGCUUUGAAUGAUAAGGGAGCGGUAUCAUCCGUUAAAUACGUGGAUGAACAAGGGAGUGAACAUGAUUUGGAAACCAGUAAUGUGGUUUUUGCAUCAGGUGGAUUUGGAUUCUCCAAGGAAAUGUUGAAUAAGUAUGCUCCACAUUUGAUAAAUUUACCAACAACUAAUGGUCAACAAACGACAGGUGAUGGACAAAUACUUUUGGAAAAUUUGGGUGCCAAGAUGAUUGAUAUGAGUCAAAUUCAAGUACAUCCAACUGGGUUUAUUGAUCCAAAAAAUCGUGAUAACAAUUGGAAAUUCUUGGCUGCUGAAGCACUUAGAGGACUAGGUGGUAUAUUACUAAAUCCAUUGACCGGUAAAAGAUUCGUUAAUGAAUUGACUACAAGAGAUGAGGUAACCGCAGCCAUUCAAAAGCAAUGUGAUAAAUAUAAUAAUAUAACCUUAUUGGUCAUGAGUGAAAAAGUUUAUGAAAAUUAUAAAAACAAUAUGGAUUUCUAUAUUUCCCAAAACUUAAUUAAGAAAACAACAAUAGGUCAAAUGGUUCAAGAUUUUAAGUUGCCAAUUACAGAGAAUGAAAUUAUUAAUGACUUGCAAACUUUCUCUUCGUCUGAUUUCAUAGAUCCAUUUGGUCGCUCGUCAAUCAUAAAUACAUUUGGGGAUAAUUUAAAGGAAGAAUCAACAGUAUAUGUAGGUGAAGUAACUCCGGUAGUUCAUUUCACUAUGGGGGGAGCCCAGAUUAAUGAGAAAUCUCAAGUUAUCGGUAACGAUGGUACUGCGUUAGCACCUGGUUUAUACGCUGCCGGUGAAGUCUCUGGUGGGGUCCAUGGUUCUAACAGAUUAGGGGGGUCCAGUUUAUUAGAAUGUGUCGUUUUUGGUAGAACUGCCGCAGAUAACAUUGCUUCUCUCUUUUAG